AUGGAGCCUUAUCCCCUAACUGAUGUCCUAAAUAUGGACCUUAAUGCAUUGACAGGUUUUCUAACUAUGGAGACUAAUGCCUGGACAUGUGCCCUAAAUAUGGAGCUUAAUGCCCUACCAGGAGCCCUAACUAUAGAGGGUAAUGCUUUAACAGGUGCUCUUGCUAUGGAUCCUAAUGCAUUAACAAGUGCCCUAACUAUGGAACUCAAUACCCUAACAGGAGCCUUAACUAUAGAAUCUAAUGCCCUAACAGGUACCCUCACUAUGAAACGUAAUGCCUUAGCUGUGGAGCCUAAUGUCCUAACAGGUUUUCUAACUAUGGAGCUUAAAGUCCUAACAGGUUUCCUUACUAUGGAGCCUAAUGCCCUAACAGGUGCCCUAACUAUGGAGCCUAAUGCCCUACCAGGAGCCCAAACUAUGGAGCCUGAUGCCUUAACAGGUGCCCUUACUAUGGAGCCUAAUGCAUUGACAGGCGUCCUAACUAUAUAUGGAGCCUAA